AUAUAAGAUUGCAAAUAUUCUCAAACAUAUGACUGAAUAUAAAAUUGGAGAUAAAAUACAAAUAAUAGGAAAAGAAUGUAGAGGUACUAUUGCUUAUAUUGGAAUAACUAGUUUUGCUACUGGAAAAUGGAUUGGAGUUAUAUUAGAUGACGCUCUGGGUAAAAAUAAUGGAUCUGUUAAUGGGAAAAAAUAUUUUGAUUGUGAUGAAAAUUUUGGACUUUUUGUUAAACCACAACAAAUAUCUACCGGUAUUUUGCCCUCGACCCCAGAUGUGAACAUUAUCGAUGACGCGUUAGAAUCUUCUGGCCCAUCGGAUCAUUCUCGUUUUACCAACGAUUCACCCCUAGAGACGAUGAGAAAAAUGGGGAUGCUCGACAAGCUUAAAAAAAACGUGAGCCAUAUACCUCCCCCUAACAUAUUAUCAUCUCCCAAGAUUAUUAAUACGUUGUCUGGCAUUUCGUCUCCCGGUCUCGAUUCGAAAGCUACUACCAAUAGCUUCAAGGGAAACGAUUUCGAUUUAAAAAGGGCUUAUCAGCUGACCAACGAAUUCAAGAAUCGACCUUACCAAUCAUCUGCUUCGCCCUUUCACCAAACCGAGUUUCAAAAAUCCAUUGACGAAACUCCCAUUAACUUGAACGAUAUAUCGAUCGAUAAAGUAAAUCAAUCCACGAUGGAAGAUAAUAUCACCACGCAAAACGAAACUCAGGCCUUUUUGGAGCAAAAACUCCUGGGAAUCCAGAAGGAUCAGAUCAUCCAAUCCCUGAACCUCAAAAUCAAGGACUUAAACGAGAAGCUGGAAGUUCUCAAGGCUAAGCGUUUGGAGGAUCGCAACAAGAUGAAGGAGAUCGAAAAAUUGAAGAUUCAGCUUCAACAAUUAAUAGAAUACAAGAUGAAGAUGCUGGAUAUCCACAACAAGUUAAAGGAGGAAUUGCGGACCGUUAAAACGGAAUUGGACGAAACGAAAGAAAAAUACGUUAACUACGAAAAUGAAGUACUGGAGUUGAACGAGAUCAUCGAGAUGGCGACCCUGGAUAAGGAGAUGGCCGAAGAAAAGAUCGAAGGAUUGCAAACCCAAAUCGAGGGUCUAAAGGAAGAAUUGGAGGAUAAAACUCUCAAAUACGAUCUUCUUUUGGAAGAUUCCAAGAAACAAGUCAUAGACUUAGGCGGUGAAAAUGAGGUAUUGGCGGGAACGCCCCACGUGACCUUACAUCAAUUCAAACAGUUGGAGCAACAAAAUUCUAGGCUUAAAGAAGCCAUCAUCAAGUUGCGUGAUAUGGCUUCACAAGAAAAAUCUGAAAAGGUCAGAUUGUCGAAAGAAAACGAGGAUUUACGUAAGAACGAAUCCGUUUUAAUGAGGGAAAGAGAAAAAUUGACAUCAAAACUCAAGGAAUCUGAAUUAAACACUUAUGAACUAAGAGAACAAGUUGACGCCGCGAUGGGCUCAGAAGAGAUGGUUGAGGCCCUAACAAAUAAAUGCCUAGAUAUUGAGCAGAAAAAUAUGGAUUUGCAAGAAAUGCUCGAAGAUCUUGAAAAACUGCAAGAAGUUAACGAGGAAAUUCAGGACAAUUUCAAGGAAACUGAACAAGACUUGAUCCGGGAACGAGACGAGGCUCUGACCCGCCUUUCCUCCUCAAAGAUCAAGUUGGAAGCAGCACUCGAUGUGGUCAAGGACCACGAGUCGACCAUCAUCAAGUUCCGUUGCUUGGUAGCCGGAUUGCAGCAAUCCAAUCGAACCCUGGCCGAGCGGCCAGCACCCUCAGUUCCCAUUGAUUUGCUGACUGAAAUAACGCCCGACACUGUGUUUAAAUCUUCACUCAUCGCUCAUUCCGCUUUUGAAAUCUUGGCCCACGUUUGGAAACGGCUGAGCGUCAUCCUGAUUUGUGCUCAAGACCAUUCCGACGCCUCAAUCAUUCUUCCAUCCCUUGUCAUUGUUUCUGGAUGGUAUAUUCAUGCUGCAUCUCCUGCCUUAACCCUGUUAACCCUCCACUCUAUUCGGUCUGCCCCUACGCCUCGUUUAUUUAUAAUCGAAAGCUCGGAGCGGGUUGAGAGCCUCUCGGAUUUCUCACUUCGCUGCAUUCUCUAUGCCGCGCUCGACCAGAUCGCUUUCCAGUGCCGAUGUAUCGUCGAAGCCAGUAACCGAGUGGAUGGCUCACCAAAAAUGCUAGCGAUGACAACUGAACAGAGAGACACUCGAUCGCUUUACUUGUACACCCGUUUAUCUAUGGUCCUUUUAAACUCAAACAACGCAGGGGCCAAUUGCGUUGACGGGCUUUGUUCGGAUCGAGGAUUGGAACACCUCCUGACCGAAACACAGGUUUAUUUGCUUGCCAGAAUUUUAGCACAACACUCGAUCGAUGGCAUUGAAACAUCGCACACAGGUGAAGAGAGCUCACUGCUUACCUCACCUUGCGAAAACGAAAUCAGUCUAAACCCCGGCCAUCUGCUUAAUAAUCAAACCAUUCUACGCGCCACAAUCAGUAGUCUUAAGACCUUUACUGAUCAGACCUUACUCGUUAAUAUGAAGACGACGGUUGACAAAAUUCCCUUCGAAAGCCACGACCUCAGUGUUAACAAGGCCAUGGAUAACGUUAUCAUUGACUUACUUGAUUACAUGGAAGCAAUGGCUAGUCGAUGCAAUUAUUCUAUCAUGAUGAUGACUGGCGAAUUAACACCGAGUUCUGAAACGAAGGAAUCUACUAUUCUCAAACUUUGUCAAUCCAUCAAAAAAUUUAAGGCAAACCGGUUCAUAUAUUUUGGGCGUCAACCCAAAUCAUCUCACGAUGAGCAUAUGUUAUAUAGUGAAUACAUCCGCAAACUGGACCUUAAAGGGUUAACCGAUUGUUUCCACACUUUCGAAGUCUCGUCCGAUCUUCUAGCAGAUCACGCUUCCGAAACUAAAGUGAAAGUUUUACCCGAGACACUGCACAUAAGGUCCGUUAUCGAUCGAGAUUUAAACGCUUUUAAGGGUGCUUUGAGUCGUGGGGAAAACGACAAAAUUUUGGUGACGUUUUCUGCUCUGAUGGCGAGCGCCACGAAAUUUGUGGAGCACGAGACUGAAGUAAUAUUAUCCGAUAUUGGUUCCGCGACCUCACCGGCCUAUCAAUUCGAGGCCGCCUUAGGAGAAUACGUCGAGUCCAAUUCUGACAAAGACAUCGAUUAUCUCUUCUCUCAUUUCUUCCAGAACUUUUGUGUAGAACCCAUGAACGCGCCCUUAACUUCUACUAUUAAAACGGCUCUGGAUAUGGUCCCUGCAUCCAAUCGCUUAAAUCUGGACAAUGACCGAGACGGAUCCGUGUGCUCUCCCGAGGGGCCUGCUUCCGUCUACACCGUCAACGACGAAAACGAACAGCAACAUCUUUUUGAAUACAGGGUUCGGCUCAAGAGGAAAACCGAGCAAUGCGAGGAGAUGCAAGUCAGACUCGAGUUGGCUGAGAAUAGAAUUCGGGUUGCUACAGGCGAACUCGAGGCUGUUCGAUCUCAUUACGAAGACCGAAUUCGCCACGAGACCUCACGUGCUGCAGACAAAGAAGCAGAGCUAGCACAUGUAUUACGGUCACCACGAUCUUUUCACUCUUCGGGGACUAGCAGAGCUGUUUCAGGUGUCGCCAAGACCAAACCCAGGCCUUUUCCCGGAUUUCCCAUCGAUGCUACCAUGGUUCAGAACGAGGAUGACAAAUUAGUUUUACUUUCACUGGAUGCCAGCUCACCAAAACCUAAAGCAUACCAAGAUAUCUGCGUUGGUGAAAUUGCGUUCAAGCCGAGUAACGUUCCACUCAGGCGCUCUCUCGCACUCUUGUAUGAGGCUAAAUUGAAGAUUUUAUCGCGAUAUGCUUCCAACCUUUCCAGGUACCGUGACCCGAAUUCUCAUGAAUUCUCGUUUGUGCAUGACCACGAACACAUAAGAAAACAACGUAUUAGCGUCAAAAAGCGGACCUCUGUCAACGAUGCAUUGCGACAUGAUUUUCUUGACGCUUUGGCGUCCCCUAAGGUUUUCGAUUUAACGAUUGACUCCGGGCUUUCUCAUACUCGCCAAUUGACUGAUAUGUCUCGAUUGAAAAAGAUAUCCAACGAAUUGGAAGACCAAAAAGAAAAUAGUCACAUUCAGUCUGAACCGAGUAUCUCCUAUUCGGGAUCAUUGUUCGAGUGUUACAAUGGCGUUAAAAGAAUAAUCGAAAAGACCGAAAAUCAUGAUACCCAACCACACUCAUUUUCUAAAUUAUUGUUGGCGAAAAUAGUUUUUCGAUCUACGGUCCAAAAAAUAUCCAACCCUACUAAUCGUUUAUUGUUAAAUCCUCAAAUUUUUAAAGAUAUAUAUGCGCUUUAUAACCAUAAAAAACCCUAAUAUUUUAAAAUUAUAUAUUGUUUUUUGUUUAUUUUUUUAUUUAUAAAUAUCUGUAUAUCAUUUUAAAAGCAUAAAUGUGAUAAUAAUUAAUAGGCCUAAUCAUAAUAGAUUUAAGUUAUUUUUGUUAUUUAUUUUGUUACACAUGCUUCUCUUUUUGAUAUACAUUUUUAAAAGAAUUUAUUUUAAAUGUUAUUUAAUUUUGAACGCGAUGUCACAAAUAAAUAGUGUAUAACUUCACGCCAUUUUCUAUGUUGUAUAUAUAUAUUUAUGUCAUUUUUAUCGCGCAUUUUGAAGUACAGCUUUGAACGGCGGAAGCAUGAGGUAGCAACGUAUAGAGGUCUAAUACCUAAAUUUUUAUUAAAAUAUAAAUAAAUUAAGUCUGUUAAU